AUGAUUGAGGAGGAGACGGCUGGCACAGUGCCAAGGCUGGCCAUGCAUCGCCAGAAUGUCAGCCGGACGGUCGGCACCUAUUUUCAGCCCUACUUCGAGAAGCUGAAGGCGCUGAAGAAGGGCCAGCUCGGCCCCGCUCGAUUCCACAGCUUUCCAAAGCGGAAAAUCGAGCCCAAGGCCCCGGGCUCGGAACUCAUCGAAAUGGAGGUGACCAGGGAGAGCUUGGAGCCGUUCAGCUUCGGCAAUCAGGCGCUGCCGAUUCCGGAUUUUGAUAGCAGCCCGUACUCCUCCAAAAUCUCCUAUCGUAACCGACAGCAAUUGGCGGUCGCCGACCCUGAUAUACGUAAUGGCUUCUACGAAGUGGUCGACUCGACCGGUCGAAGACGGCAAUUCUCGGCAGGGAAGACGCCGAAAAGCGAGGGUGAUUGCUCUCCGCUAUUGAACAAUAUUCCGGACGACGCCGAACAACGGCGCAAAAUUUUGAGCGAUCCGGCCAAGUACGCCGCCAUCUCCUCCUGCGAGCUGUACGCGGCGUGUGUUGACGAGAUGAAUGCUCAGGAAGAGAAAUGUCAGCCGGAUGUGGGGCGGCUGCUUCCUGGUUUGCCGGGGAGACGAUUGGGAGAUUGUAACAAGGAGAUAAUCCCGAAAUAUCAGAAACUCGACGCGAUGGGCCGUCAACUCGAAGGCGUCUUCAUCGAGUGCCUGAUGGGCGAAAUUGCCCUCCAAAGCCAGCUGGGAAGAACGCCGCUACCCUCCGCCACCUGUGCCUCCCCGCCCUCGCUGCCACCACUGGCCAAGAACUGCCAGAAAAAUGUGGCCACCGCGAAGCGGAUAUGCGAGAAAUACGCGGACUGCUGCCCGUCAGUGCAUAGUUGCCGCGCCAAAGCUGACGAGUCCCUUGAAGCAGCAGCCUACAAAGAUGAAAAAUCGCGGCUUUUCGACGAGGCCGCCCAGUGCCAAAUCAACGCCGCCCGCGAGUUCCGCCUCAAAAAGUACAAAAAGGUCGAGAAAAUUUCCGGCGGAUUACUG